AUGGGGACUAGUACGGGCAAUAACCGCCUCUCAGGCCUCCCACGAAUCUCGAAAACGAAGCCUAAGAAGCCCGCAUCCCCGCUAAAAGCAAAGGCAAAGAGCCUCGCUUCUCCGCCCAAGUCGAAGGCGAAGAGCCUCGCCUCUCCACCAAAACCGAAUACCAGAAGCCUUGCAUCACCUCCGAAGCUCAAGGCGGCGCCUCUCCCCGCCCUAUCAUCCAAUCCUUCGACUCCCACCGCCGCCGUCGACCUGAGCCUCUCCGACUCGUCCCUUUCCGCGCUCUCUUCCGACGAGUCGGACGAUUCCGACGAGGAGUUGGCUUCGCCGAAACUGAUGGCGGCACAAAAGCAGAAGGGCAAGGGCAAAGCACCUGCCACGCCUCUCGCUUUCCCUUUCCUCUUCAACCCAGCCUCCCUGCCUGCCCUUCCCGCACUUCCUCCUCUCCCACCCCUGCCCAAAAAGGCGCCGAAACCCGCUCCCGGCCCUUCCGCGCCGUCCAAACAGGCUAAGCCGGUAGCUUCGACGUCUUCGGCUCCUAAGCCUCCCGUCUCGAAAUCCUCCGCCCCCGCCCCAGCACCGAAAUCGACCAAGCCUGCCGCUUCAACCUCCUCGACUCCCGCUUCCAAGCCUUCGACUACAUCCACUGCCCAAUCGUCCAAACCCUCUUCCGCUGCAGCUUCCGCCCCCAAAGCCCGCAGCCGCUCUCGCAAUGAUCCGCCCGUCGCCUCGACCUCGACCGCCGCUCUGCCCAAGCCUAAAGCGGUGACACCGAAACCUGCUUCGACUCAUGCCUCCAGCAACGCCUCGACGAGCGACGGCUCGUACGCACCGCACAUCGCGACCGCACGCUCGACACCGUCUGCACCGCAGCGAACGAGUCUGCGGCAGGUCCUUGCGCUGAGCUUGCAGGAGGCUGAGGAGAAGGCAAAGAGUCCAGCGAUGAGCAGGGAGAACUCGAGCGAGGGGGGAAAGAAGGAACCCGAGCAGCCGAAGCCUGCGUACGUACCGGGGAGAGGGAAAGGUCUGCCGCAGGUCUUGGCGGAGCUCGAGCGGAAGGAGCGGGAAAAGGCGUACGAGCUCGAGCGGGAGAGGGAGAAGGAACAGAGCAAGGGGAAGGAGCGCGAGCGCUUUGACGACGUCAGCGAGCUCGAGCUCGACGCGGAGGACGGGAUGAGCGCGUCGAGCGUCUUGUCGGACGUCGAGGGCGAGGAGACGAGCUCGGAUGAGCUGGAGCUACAAAAGGAGGAGGAGCGAUUGUUGCGCGCCGAGUUCGAGCGCAAGGCGAGGCGGAGGAGAGGAAGCGAUGCGAUGGAUGUCGAUGACGAGACGACGGACGAGGAGGACCUGGCCGGAGCAUGGGAGCGCAACGUGCGCGCCCUAGAGCGUCUGAGGCGCCGAGGUGGUGGCGACGACUUUGCCCUGGACACGUCGCUUCAAGGCGAGCAGGACGAGGACGAAGACUCGGAUCUCGCUGUCACCGAGAUCCCGCCCGGCAACGGCUUCGGCGUCGUCACUUGGUCCGACUACGAGUUCGAAGAAGAAGACGAGGACGACGAGGAAGAGGGCGACGAGGAAGAGACAACUGCCGUUGCGGAGACUCCCGCUGACGACGCCGAAGAGCCGGACCUUGGCGAGGAGACGCUCGCCGCCAAGUUUGAAGAUGAGCUCGAACGGCUGUUUGCCCUCUCCGAAGCCGUCGUCGGGCCGGUCCAGAACGGCGAGUACGACCUCGGCAAUAUGUGGCUCGAAGCGCUUAGCGACGUCGAGGAGGGGACAGAGGCGGACGACGAGAGUGAUUCCGGCGACGACGAGGAUGAGGACGACAUUGAUGCCGAGAUGAUCUUCGGACCGGAUGGCGAGCUGAAGAAGCUCUUCGGUCGGAGGAGGAAGCGGCGGCAUUCGGCUGUUGAGUCGAGUGCGGGCGAGUCGGACGAUGACGAGGCGGAGCUGUCCUCCGAGGACGAUGCUGCGGGCGACGAGGCGCAACUGGACGACAUUGAACUCGUCAGGAUCGGCGUCGCGCUUGAGCAGGCAGAGUCGUUGCGGCGACUGAAGGUUGGUGAGGAGGGCAAUGAUGCGGAUUACGACGAGGAUGCGACGAGCGUCUACGACACUGAGGACGAGGCGACAGACUCGUCUUGUUCCGAGACCGACAUCUACCGCUACGCGCCUCGGACCAGCUCGCUUUCGGCCCUUCAGACCCCGACGACUGUCGAACUUGCCUCGCUGAACGACCCCGACUCGUCCGCUGCUAAGCCAGCAUCCCGCGACCCGUCCACGAGCAGGGCGAGGCAGCACAAGGGCAGAUCGAAGGCGCCUCUCGCCGUCAUACCCGAAUCUAUCGUCUCGCAGGUCUCUGCCGCCGUCGCCAAGUCUCCCCAUCGCCGUGGCCCCCUUCUCGGCGCAUUCGAACCAGUUCAGCGAACGGAAGAUGCUCCAGUGGCGCCACUGAAGGUCAUCGUCAUCGAUGAAAGCGGCGUCCCCGCUCCGAGCCCGUUUUCGGCGACGAGAAAGACAAAUCGUCGGGUUCUCGACUCGACGCCCUCGCGCCGCAUCCGAGCCGACUCUCGCUUCUCCAGCACGUCGGGGACGUCAGGCGCCGAGUCGGCCGACAUGGGGAGCAAUAUCGGCUCGCCAGUCCUUGCCAAUGUCGACUUCGGCUUCGACUUUGACUCGGUCCUGCACGAGUCAGUGCUCGUCGACGCAGAGAUGCGGGACGAGAACGGCACGUCGUCAGAGACGGACGCGAAUGGCGCAACCACGGACGGCGGAGCUGGUUCGUCCAAGCCUGGCGCGGCCCUUUCCGACUUCUCUCGCUGGAGCCGCAUCCCGAUCGGAGCUUUCAGGUCGCGCACGACGGGCGCAGCAGGAUCGUCCGCCCCAUCGCAGGUCUUCGCUGCAAACGUCGCCGCCUCAGCGGGAAAGAACAAGAGGUCGAGCGGCAAGGCGGACCGCCAGAGGGGUGCAACAGCGAUGCUGCGGGAUCGCAAGGCGGCCGCCAAGCUCGACCAUACGCUCGGCAGCCCCGGCCAUGCCGCUACGACCUCGAAGCGCUCCAUCGCCUCCCGCAUGCUCACCUCCCCCGUCCUCGCCCCCGUCAUCCGCGCCACCACCACUGCAGCGUCUUCUGACACAAAGAACGGCGUCUCGUCUGGACCGAGCGCGAAGAAGGCGAAGCGAUCGAGGCGCUCGACUCCGGCCGCUUCGACUCGAGGGAAGAGCCCGUCGAGGUCGCGCAGUCGCGCAACCAGCACAGCCGACGUGGGACUCUCGGCGUCGACCACAUCGUCCGCCUUGACUGCACCGACCGCCAGUCUGCCGCCUCUCCACUCGCCGCUCUUUCGCAGCGUCACCGACUCAGUUCUCCCGAACCCCUCCUCCUUCCGGCUCGACUAG